AUGCUUAACGCCGUUCGGAGCAAACGAAAUGUGGUUAUCAUUGCUUUCCCCAAGAAGGGGCGAGCAAACGUAUGUCAUAGGAAAUCCGGCAAAGCAUGUGCUGCACCAACGAAGGAGAUUAGCGUGGGACCCAGCACUUGCUUGUCUGCAGAAGUGGCUACUCGGUGGAUUAAGCGACAGGCGUCUGAUACGCUGCCCGAGUCUGUUCCAAGCUCCGCUUUCCGUAUAUGUAUAACUUUCAGCUCCCCUUCUGCUAGCUCAACCGGAGCAAUGGGAUGCCCUGAGCCUCGAACCAUGAGACCCCCCUUCAAAUAG